GGCCAGCUGCUUUUGUGCAGAAUACAGAGGGAAUGUCAUCGACACGGGCAAAGUCAAACGGCCGGGACUCAUUACCUGAAACCAAACCCAAAGUCCCUCUUCGUCGCUGGGAAGAGGAGCAAGGUAAUGUUAAUGAAUAGGUGAUGAAUGAUUAGGUGUGAGCAUUUUAUAGGAUGUAAAAUAGCACCAAACUCUUUCUGCCAGCCUGACUAUCCUGCCAUGUAUAGUUUAUUUUCUUCUCUUUUCUUUUUGUUAGAUGAUGAUUUAUUUGACCCUGACAAAUUGCUUCAGUGCCCUUAUGACUCUAAUCAUAAAAUCCGGGCAUGUCGCCUUCCCUACCAUCUCAUCAAGUGCAAGAAGAACAAUCCUCAGCUGGCCAGUGAACUGUGGACAUGCCCAUUUAAUGCCCGUCACCUUAUGCCCAAACACGAGCUGUCCGGUCACAUGUCUACCUGCGUGGAUAGGUGCUCUGUAAAUACCGACUAUGCGGUAACUGAUGAGACCCAGGGCAAAUUUCAGAAUCCUGUCAGCACCUGGACUAUUCCUACAUGUGAAGAAGACUGGGACCAAGAGGAGGUAGAGUCAGGAUCAUCAGCAACACCAUUUGUCUGGGGAAUUUCAACCUCCCAGCUCAGCCAAGACAGGGCUGAGCCAGCUAUGACCCACAGUUUAACCUCUAGUGUCAGAGCCCCAAGAAUUCUUCCCUGGAAACUGGGCGUGUAAAAGCAGAGUUCUCUCUUGCAAUGUGCUGCAGCUGUGACUUACAGCUCUGAAUUGAUGCACCUUUUAUUAUUACUGGUUUCAGAUGUCUGCACUAAGUUAAAAACUUGCUGUUUAUCUGUUAAUAGAACACAUUGUUUUGGUUAAUGCCACUGUGUAAGAAUCCUAGUUUCAGAAUGUUUAAAGUAUCGUAAUAAAGUCCAGUUAAGUAGGUUUAGUUCUUUAGUUGCGCUUCAGAGGAUUCGGGGAGGACUUGUGCAGAACAUAAGAAAAUGUGAGUGUGAUAUAUAGGAUACUGCCUUUUUUUGCAUUUGCAUGUACCAUUAAUAUUAAUAUACCUAUUUGUUUUCAAACAAAACCUUCAAGAUAAUUGUUUCUGACUGUUUUGAUCGAAGUCUCAGACGCAACAGUGCAGACUGUUACAUGACUAAGUGGUUACUGAUAGAGAUAUUGGUAUCCUACAAUAAAUUACUUUCAUUUAUUGAAGUCAUUAGGCCACAAAACAGCUUACCAAGUUUGUAGACUGUAGCAACAUUGCUUUGGCAGGUUUUCUUUAAAAAAGCAAUAGCUUCCUUUUUAAUCUUCUCUUGGUCCAAGUUGAAAAUUUUUCUGUCUUCUUGUUUAAUAAAGAUUUCAUCAGAUCUGUUGUUAAAAUAGAGCACACUUGAGUGAAAUUUCUUACAUACAUACACUCAGGCACACCUGAAUUAUCAUAAUUUCAGUUUAUAAUCUGCUGAGCUUUUGAAGCAGCAACUUCAUUUGGAUAUAAUUGAUACUUUAUGGAAACAGUAACAUUUCAGUUCUGAAAUAACAUUCAUUGAAUCAACAGAAACAACACAAUGUGAGUCAUAACAAAAACAGACAGGUGCAAAAAUUUGGGCACCUCAAUGGAAUCAUCACAUCAAUAUUUAGUAGAGCCUCCUUUUGCUGAAAUAACAGCCUGUAGUCGCUUCCUAUAGCCAGUGAUAUGUCCCUGAAUUACCCAUGGUUAUGCUGAAAUUCACACUGAACUACAUUACCCAUCAGCCCCAGCAUGUCACAUGACCGUGUCACAUGUCCCAAUAAUGACUCACAUCUGUUCUAUGUGACCCCUAAUAAGCACACCAUAGAGGUAUUAGUUUUUCAGCACCUCAUCAAGCUUUUGUUGUAGUCGUGUUCGUGUGUUAUCAUGUGUGCUACAGCUGCUCUUAUUGUCUGUAUGUUUUUGCUUUGUGUCCAUUGUUACAUUUAUGGUUCUUGUUUUCACAGUUUUGGCUAUUUGUUUUGCACUUGAUUGUAUAAAAAUCUGUGCUUGCAUCUGCUGGCUUCUACAAUCCCUGACGCUAUGUUGCAGAGUUUUUCCCUGUUUCAAUAAAGUUGCUAAAAAUAACACUGCUUCUGGUGCCUUCAUUUAAGACAGUCACUUAUUUUCAGUAUGCUGUUUGAAGAAAUUUUCUUGUAAGCUGUUUAUUUUAUUUAAUUUUUUGUUAAUUAUUAAUCUUAGAUUUAGGGAUAAAUUCUUAGUCAGCUCAAACAAGUGACCAAAAUACUCAUUUUAAGUAAGUCUAUCUUGAAUAACUGAGUCAUUGCUUGUAAUAAGCACAAAUUGCUUAAAUGUUGGCCUUUUUUUAGUUUAAAGAUUUUAGUUUUAAGAUCCAAUAGCAUUUUUAGUGACUAUAUUUAUGAUAUUUUCGAGAAUACUUUAAGAUUUUUUUUUUUGCUUGAUUUUAGUACACUUUAACUAAAUUAAUGUGUCUUUCUUGUUUCAAGAAAGGCCUUUUUUUGCAGUGUGGAAUGUACAAUGUGUAGUCCAUUAAUAAAUUAAAAAAGAAUCGCUGUUUCAUUGUUGUGGUUUAAGAGGAAUAAAAUACUCUGUGAUGUGGUGUUAUUGGAAAAUAUUUUGUCUGUGUAUAUAAUGAUUAGGUUGAAUGUCAAAUGCACACAUCAAAUUUAAAAACGCAGGCACUUACUCACAAAGAGAAUCAGUUGCUUUUACAAGGCUGGUUUUGACAAGUCCCAUAUCACCAGUUCUCUCCAGC